CUUUUAAUACCACAUAUUUGACUGCAAUGUGUCUUUUGGACUAAUAAUAGAUUUAUGGUGCUAUAAAAUCUUGAGCUUCUUGCAGUAUUAUUUGAGGUCAGGGGGAUGUAAAUUUGGAAAAUCGUGUAAAUAUAACCACACUAGAGGAAAGACUUCUGCAGCACCAUUAGCACCAGUUCUAGAGUUUAACUUUGUUGGUCUUCCAAUCUGAGUGGGUGAGAAAGAAUGUCCAUAUUACAUGCGAUAUCCAGAACAUCUGCCAUUUCUGUCAAGGUCUGCUGCUAUUUUCCGGGAGUGUUUUGAUCCUAUUGUAGCAAAAUCUGGUCGUGAUUUGAUUCCUAUUAUGGUGUAUGGAAGAAACAUUUCUGGUCAAGAGUUUGGAGGAAUGUACUGUGUAGUUUUAACUGUGAGGUCUAUUGUUGUAUCAGCUGGUCUUCUUAGGAUAUUUGGUCGUGAGGUAGCCGAGCUUCCCAUAGUGGCGAAAACUAGAGAACACCAAGGGAAAGUAGGAACAAAUGAAACUUUGAUUUUUUUUCUUCUUCUUAAGCUAUUUCCAAGUAUUAUUUUCAUGUAUAGAGAAGUUGUUGGUUUCCCUGAAUGUGGAAAACUUUAA